CCUGCGAACUGUCAAUCACUUUCUCACUCGAACACCCAAUAUUUAACAGAUUGUAGAGAUCACACUCUAAUCCCCUCUGCUGCAGGAUCUCAGCCGCGCGUCAGAGCCUUUACAUAUCUUUUACUUUUCAGACACAAUCCCACCACGUCGCGACCAUGUCUGUUGUGUCGCUCUUGGGCGUCAAGAUCCUCAAUAACCCUGCACCUUUCACUGCACCAUAUGAGUUUGAAAUCACAUUCGAAUGUCUUGAACAAUUACGAGAAGACCUCGAAUGGAAACUCACCUAUGUGGGCUCCGCAACGUCGGCAGAACAUGACCAAGAGCUCGACUCUCUCCUAGUCGGACCAAUUCCCAUCGGCGUGAACAAGUUCAUCUUCGAAGCUGAUCCACCAAACCUGUCUCGUCUCCCGUCCUCCGAAAUCAUUGGCGUGACUGUCAUCCUCCUAACGUGUUCCUACGAUGGCCGCGAAUUCGUUCGAGUCGGCUACUAUGUCAACAAUGAAUAUGACAGCGAAGAGUUGAACAAUGAUCCGCCAUCGAAGCCAAUCAUUGAGCGUGUUCGAAGAAACAUACUCGCAGAGAAACCCAGAGUCACCCGAUUUGCGAUCAAAUGGGAUUCCGAAGAGUCUGCUCCGGCUGAAUAUCCACCAGACCAACCCGAAGCUGACAAUCUCGAUGACGACGGCACAGCCUACGGCGCUGAGGAAGCAGAAAUGCAAGCUGCACUAGAGAAAGAAUUCGAAGAGACCGAGGCUACCGCACAAUCACAGCCAAAGGACGGGGACCAAGAGAUGGCUAACACCAAAGAAAAGGAGGAAGACGAAGAGAGUGAGGCCGGCAGCGAAGAUCUCGAGGAAGAGAGCAGCGAAUCUGAGGACGACGAAGAAGAUGAGGAAGGUGCCGAUGCGGAAGACACUGAAAUGGCCGAGGGCGAAGAAAAGGCUGCCGUGGCCCCAGAGCCCAAUGGCGAGCAGAAGAAGGCUGGUUCCCAGGCUGAAGUCAUGGUUCAUUAGGCAGCGUGAUUGCUUAAAUCUCAGCAAGGCGUCUGGAGUCGAAUUGGCUGGCAUAAUUGUGUGAUGUGGACAUGGCAUUGAAUGAAAUAAAGACCGGCAAGGAUCGAAAUUUAGAUUUUCCACGAUGGAUAUAGGUGUUGAGCACUUUAUUGAGCUCGCCCUGGAUGGUGCUAGAGCUGAACGAUGUACGGAAUGAGAGCAGAAUGGCUCAUGCUUGCAGGAAUGAACAUAAUGAUGGCCAUUGUCAGUCUUGCUUCCCAUACUCUGGCUUCUGCAUGCUUCUGCAUAUUUCUGCUCGGUCCCGGUCUUCCUUCUGCGGCUGGCUGAUCCUCUGAAGCUGGUAACAUGGGUAUCACCCCAUUCCUCAAAGCGUGUGCAUCUGGGCCAGUCUCGCAGUGCAUCGGGGCAAGGUUGGGGCAUCUGGGGCAGCACAAUAACAAUUCCG